UUGUUGUUUAGUAUACUCAAUCCUCACAACUCUCUAUCUCUCUCUCUCUCUCCCCAUUCUAUAUCAUAAUGACAGGUUCCACACCGGAAAACCAAACGGCCCCGUCGCCACCACCGGUGAAACAUGUGCCGGAGUCAAUUCUGCCGGCUAAACCACCAAAGAGGAACAAGUAUGCAUUCGCGUGUGCUAUCUUAGCUUCCAUGACUUCUAUCCUCCUUGGUUAUGAUAUAGGAGUGAUGAGUGGAGCAAUGAUUUAUAUAAAGAGAGAUUUGAAGUGUAGUGAUUUACAAAUUGGUAUUCUCGCUGGAAUCCUCAACAUCUAUUCACUUAUAGGAUCUUGCGCCGCCGGAAAAACCUCCGACUGGAUUGGUCGACGUUAUACUAUCGUGCUGGCUGGAGCCAUAUUCUUCGUCGGAGCUAUCCUUAUGGGAUUAGCCCCUAACUACGCUUUCCUCAUGUUCGGAAGGUUCGUCGCCGGUAUUGGCGUCGGAUAUGCUCUCAUGAUCGCACCAGUUUAUACAGCCGAAGUCUCUCCGGCCUCUUCCCGCGGCUUCCUCACCUCCUUCCCGGAGGUGUUCAUAAAUGCCGGAAUUAUGCUCGGGUACGUAUCAAAUCUGGCUUUCUCGAAUUUUCCGUUGAAACUGGGAUGGAGACUCAUGCUCGGAAUCGGAGCCGUACCGUCCGUGAUACUCGCUCUCGGCGUUCUCGCUAUGCCGGAAUCUCCACGGUGGCUCGUUAUGCAAGGCCGUCUCGGCGAAGCCAAACGCGUUCUCGAUAAAACCUCUGAUUCCCCCGCCGAAGCAGCUCUCCGUCUCGAAGACAUCAAACACGCCGCCGGUAUUCCCGCCGAUUGCCACGACGACGUCGUUCAGGUGUCGAAGAGGAACAGUCAUGGAGAAGGAGUUUGGAGAGAGCUCUUAAUCCGUCCAACUCCAGCCGUGCGUCGUGUUAUGAUCGCUGCACUAGGAAUCCAUUUCUUCCAGCAAGCUUCCGGUAUCGACGCGGUGGUUCUCUUCUCACCGCGAAUUUUCAAAACCGCCGGACUGAAAACCGAUCACCAACAGCUUCUAGCGACUGUAGCGGUAGGAGUGGUGAAGACAUCGUUCAUACUAGUCGCCACUUUCUUACUGGACCGAAUCGGAAGAAGACCGUUGCUUCUAACCAGCGUCGGAGGAAUGGUACUAUCACUAGCGGCCUUAGGAACUUCUCUAACGAUUAUAGACCAGUCGGAGAAGAAAGUGAUGUGGGCUGUGGUGGUAGCUAUAGCGACGGUGAUGACUUAUGUAGCUACGUUUUCGAUUGGAGCUGGACCGAUAACUUGGGUUUAUAGCUCGGAGAUAUUCCCGUUGAGGUUGAGAUCACAGGGUUCGAGUAUGGGUGUGGUGGUGAACAGAGUGACUAGUGGUGUGAUUUCGAUGGCGUUUCUUCCUUUGUCGAAAGGCAUAACCACCGGUGGAGCAUUUUACUUGUUCGGAGGGAUUGCCACGGUAGCUUGGGUUUUCUUUUACACUUUCUUGCCAGAGACGCAAGGGAGGAUGCUUGAGGAUAUGGAUGAGCUUUUCAGUGGUUUCAGGUGGAGAGAUUCCAAGAAUAAGCCUAAGAGUAACCCCGAGAAGACGGUUUCGAAUCCCGAGGUCGAGAUUGGAACAAACAAGCAGUGGAGGGAAGACACACAAAGUUCGUAGAAAAUUUGAAAAGAUAUGUAAUUUGUACGGUAUGGGGUUUUAUGAUAAAGAAUGAAAAAUUGG